AUGAAUAAAGCACCAAAACAAAAUACAGGUAAAGCGCCAAUAAGUACUACACAAGUCGGAGAUCUGGACAAAAAAAAGAAGAAGAAAAUGUCUAAUUUAUGUUCUGGUAUGCAAUUCAAAUCUGCAAUAAAAAAGAUUGCCAAGGAUAUUAAUCCUGAUCAAACAGUAUUUUUAACUAGUCAGGCCAUUGCUAUUUUAUGUGCUAUUGCUUAUGAUAUUGUUUCUACUUGUGGUGAAGUAGCCUCUGAGUUUUCUAAGAAAGUAAGUAAACAGACUGUUGGUGCCGAUGAAAUUGUGGCCGCAUUUGAAAUUUUAUUAAAAGGAGAAUUAAAGAAAUUAGCAUUAAGAGAAGUACACACUUGUUUGUCCAAGCCAAGUGCACCAUCUAAGCCUUCUAAAUCCCUUAAAGAUUAA